AUGGUAGACACGAUAACAAAGCCUUCUACAUCUUCAAUAAAAGAUUCUCAACAAGAUCAGUGCUCAAAUGACAAAGAUUCGUUUUUAUGUGUGGAUGAACUCUUUGAAGAUGAACCUGGCAAGCAGGCUGCAACUGCAGAAAUUGUUGAAAAUUUUAUAGAAGAUAUAAAUGACUACGAAGAGGAAUUUUGGGAUGAUUCAGAUUGGGAGCCGUUUGGUGAAGAAAGUGAUGAAUCAGAGAAUGAGUUUAGCAGCAUUAAAAGAAGUAAUAAAAGAAAAGCCAGUAGACAAUUAUUUGCUCCAAGUAGCAAAAAAGCUACUAUUCUAACAGGCCAAUCAAACAAUCCCCUGCCACUGGCUCAUCAAAGCAACACUCAAGAUUCCUCCUCCAAUGAUUCUCAACAAGAUCAGUGCUCAAAUGACAAAGAUUCGUUUUUAUGUGUGGAUGAACUCUUUGAAGAUGAACCUGGCAAGCAGGCUGCAACUGCAGAAAUUGUUGAAAAUUUUAUAGAAGAUAUAAAUGACUACGAAGAGGAAUUUUGGGAUGAUUCAGAUUGGGAGCCGUUUGGUGAAGAAAGUGAUGAAUCAGAGAAUGAGUUUAGCAGCAUUAAAAGAAGUAAUAAAAGAAAAGCCAGUAGACAAUUAUUUGCUCCAAGUAGCAAAAAAGCUACUAUUCUAACAGGCCAAUCAAACAAUCCCCUGCCACUGGCUCAUCAAAGCAACACUCAAGAUUCCUCCUCCAAUGAUUCUCAACAAGAUCAGUGCUCAAAUGACAAAGAUUCGUUUUUAUGUGUGGAUGAACUCUUUGAAGAUGAACCUGGCAAGCAGGCUGCAACUGCAGAAAUUGUUGAAAAUUUUAUAGAAGAUAUAAAUGACUACGAAGAGGAAUUUUGGGAUGAUUCAGAUUGGGAGCCGUUUGGUGAAGAAAGUGAUGAAUCAGAGAAUGAGUUUAGCAGCAUUAAAAGAAGUAAUAAAAGAAAAGCCAGUAGACAAUUAUUUGCUCCAAGUAGCAAAAAAAGCUACUAUUCUAAACAGGCCAAUCAAAACAAUCCCCUGCCACUGGCUCAUCAAAGCAACACUCAAGAUUCCUCCUCCAAUGAUUCUCAACAAGAUCAGUGCUCAAAUGACAAAGAUUCGUUUUUAUGUGUGGAUGAACUCUUUGAAGAUGAACCUGGCAGUAGGCCUACCUAUCAGACUAACCAAGACAACUUAACUUGCCUCGAGAUGGAUAAUAAUCUCCGCUCAUAA